UUUUGCUUUGCGUAUUCAUUUUUAUUUUUGUGUCAAACAUUUUUAAUGAUUGCCUAAAAAUAAUAAACAAAUAAUAAUAAAAGCAACUGGAAAUUGUUGUCCGUCAACAUGCCCAAGUAUUACUGCGAUUAUUGCGAUACAUAUUUGACGCACGAUUCGCCGUCAGUGCGCAAAACCCAUUGCACGGGCCGCAAGCAUCGUGACAAUGUGAAGUUCUACUACCAAAAGUGGAUGGAGGAGCAGGCACAGCAUCUGAUCGAUGCUACUACAGCUGCAUUCAAGGCGGGCAAGAUUACAAACAAUCCAUUCGCUGGUCCCGCACCUGGCAAUAAGCCAUCCGGCGUUUCUAUACCGCCGCCUAACAUGGGGGCUCCGCCACGACCAGGCAUGCCCAAUAUGCCGCCGUAUAUGCCACCCAUGAUGAAUCCACUGAUGGCACCCACAGGCAUACGUCCACCGCCCAUUCUCAAUCCAAUGGCCAUGAUGGGACCACCGCCACCGCUUGGAACGCUGCCUCCACAGAUGAUGAAUGGACCCAAAUGAUAUAGAACAUGCGAUAGUGGAUUUAAGUCAAGAAAUAGUUAAGAUCAAUUACAAAUACAUGAACCAUCUGUAAAAAUUAAGUUAAAGAAAAGCUUUGAUGUGUUUCGAUAUCAUUUUCAAAUGUUUCCAUAAGCUACAUUUAAGAAUGUAUUUAAAUAUUCGAAAAGACCUAAAAAAUGCCGGCAACGUAUAAAUAAUAAUGUACUAGAUU